AUGCCAGGCAAAGCACGAGGACGUGGAGGAGCCGGCAGCACCGGCUUACACACAGCUGAUGAUCAUUCCGAAUCAGAAGAAGAAAACGACUUGAGACUUGAUGACAUACUACAUGAAAUAAAAGAAUUCCAUGCUGAAACAGGCAAAAACCUUGGAGUAAUAAAACAAGAAGUGACCGAAUUGCGUGAAAGCUUUGGACAUUUAAGCAUGGAUGCAGCAGAGUCAAGAAUCGCGGAAGGUGAGAAUUGUCAAAACGCAAUGACAAAGGCGCUGCUGCACAGCAUGCGUCUUGAGAAACAAUUGGAAGAAAGAUGUGAGCAAAUGGAAUCUCAUUCCCCCAAGUGCAAUGUGAGAAUACAUUCUGUGUGUGAGAAAAUAACAGAGAGAGGCGACAUGGUGAAGUUUGUCAAGGAAAUCAUCCGGGAUAAACUUGGCAUGGGCCUUGAAAAAAUCAGCAUAGCAGCAGCGCACAGGAUCGGGAAAAAGACAAGAACAGAGGAUCGGCCCAGGUCAAUAAUAGUCCGUUUUCAGAAUGAGAACAUGAAACAGCGUGUGUUACGGGCGGCAUGGGAGACAAAGGACCUUAAGAUCAGAGACAAGAGGAUUUAUUUCGAGGAGGACUUCACUGACCGCAUUUAUAAGGAACGUGGACAAUGUGGAAGAAAACAACUCCUAGAAAAGAACAUAAAGUCAAGAAUUGUGUACCCCGCUAAAUUGAAAGUAUUUGAGAAGGAUGGACAAUACAAGUUGUUUGAUAACCCGCAAGCAGCAGCAGAGGGCGUACAAGCGUACGGCGUUAUGGUGGAUAUCCAAGCCGCCAGACCAGACUUUGAGACUACACUAAAGGCAGCAGGAUGGCAGACAGCAGGCGCUGGGAAGAAGAGGACGAGAGAAAAUGAAGAUGAACUAAUGGCAAGUGUCAAGACACUACUGGACUCUCAGAACCGGCAUGGAAAGGACAAUGACUAA